CCCUCACCAACCAAGCCCGACACGACGACCACCACCAUUCCUUCCCAACUUCUCCGGCUCCCCACCGCCCUCGCCGCCAUCCUCGAUCCAUCCGCACUCAGGUUGAUCUCUCCCCUCCCUGGUAAGGAAGACCUAGCUUGCCUGCUCAGUCGAAUUGCUCGUUUCGUCCCGCGGAAUCUGAAGCUUCCCUUAUCCCUUCCCAAUCCACUCGGUUCGUUUUGUUUCCGCGUGGUGGAGUAGUGAUUAUUGGGUUUCUUCCCGAAUUUUUUUGGGGUUCGAUUUAAUUCAAUUCGGUAGCCUGGUGAGAUCACCUGUUCGUUGUUUGAUUCAGGUGCGGUAGCCGCGCGCUCCGGCCAUGGCGUUCUUCCGGGGCCUCGCCGCGGUCUCGAGGCUGCGAUCCCGUGUGGCGCAGGAGGCCACCACGCUGGGUGGUGUGAGAUGGCUGCAGAUGCAGAGCGCUUCCGAUCUCGAUCUUAAGUCCCAGUUGCAGGAACUGGUUCCUGAACAACAGGAUCGCUUAAAGAAGCUUAAGUCGGAGCAUGGAAAGGUCCAGCUUGGAAACAUAACUGUGGAUAUGGUCCUUGGUGGAAUGAGAGGGAUGACUGGAAUGCUUUGGGAAACAUCGCUACUUGACCCAGAAGAGGGCAUUCGUUUUAGGGGCCUCUCGAUUCCAGAGUGCCAGAAAGUACUGCCGAAGGCAGUUGAGGAUGGUGAACCUUUGCCUGAGGGUCUCCUUUGGUUUCUUUUGACGGGAAAGGUUCCAACCAAAGAGCAAGUUGAUGCUCUAUCAAAGGAAUUGCUUACCCGUUCGAAUGUCCCAGGUCAUGUCUACAAGGCGAUAGAUGCUCUCCCUGUAACUGCACAUCCUAUGACACAGUUUACCACUGGAGUAAUGGCCCUUCAGGUUGAGAGUGAAUUUCAAAAAGCUUAUGACAAAGGAAUGCCAAAAUCAAAAUUCUGGGAGCCUACUUAUGAAGAUUGCUUAAAUUUGAUUGCCCGGCUUCCACCAGUGGCUUCUUAUGUUUACCGGAGGAUUUUCAAGGAAGGGAAGAUUAUAGCAGCUGAUAAUGCUUUGGACUACGCUGCGAAUUUUUCGCACAUGCUUGGUUUUGACGAUCCCAAAAUGCUGGAGUUGAUGCGGCUUUAUGUAACAAUUCAUACUGACCAUGAAGGCGGGAAUGUCAGUGCUCAUACUGGUCAUCUGGUUGGAAGUGCCCUGUCAGAUCCUUAUCUUUCUUUUGCAGCAGCUCUGAACGGUUUAGCUGGGCCACUGCAUGGCCUGGCUAAUCAGGAAGUGCUGCUAUGGAUCAAAUCUGUAAUUAAGGAAACUGGGAGUGACAUCACAUCAGAUCAGCUAAAAGAAUAUGUGUGGAAGACACUAAAGAGUGGAAAGGUUGUUCCUGGCUAUGGUCAUGGAGUUCUACGUAAGACGGAUCCACGGUAUUCAUGUCAAAGGGAGUUUGCCUUGAAGCAUUUACCCGAGGAUCCACUUUUCCAAUUGGUAUCCAAGUUGUAUGAAGUUGUGCCUCCAAUCCUCACUGAGCUGGGCAAGGUCAAAAACCCAUGGCCCAAUGUUGAUGCCCACAGUGGAGUUUUGCUGAACCACUUUGGAUUAUCUGAAGCACGGUAUUAUACCGUCUUGUUCGGUGUUUCAAGGAGCAUAGGGAUAGGUUCUCAGCUCAUAUGGGACCGUGCCCUUGGCCUGCCGCUGGAAAGACCGAAGAGUGUCACCAUGGAAUGGCUGGAAAACUACUGCAAGAACAAGGCUGCUUGAAGCCUUUCACGAAUGUUUUUUUUUUUUUACAAAUUGGUCAUCUUUGCUGUUAAUAAUCGAACAUGAACUACAGUAGCAUUUUUUUUUUGGCGGGCUAAUAACAAGGGCAAGACGCUCUCAGAUGGUAGAGUUUUGUAUCCGCCGUCACUUGGGAUACCAAGAUAGUUAACCUGCGGCACGACUGGGCAUAAGAGCUUAGGGCAUGCUGAUUAAGCUUUGUAUGUCGAUGCAUACCAUUUUUGAACGUUAUGUUUGCUCGAGUUAACUUCCAGUUAUGUGUUACGGCAGCAUAAGCUGACAUCUUUUUCAGAAAAGAAGAAAAGAUAUAUUAAUGCC